AUGGGGCCCCAAAACACACUGUCUUUGGACAGUGAAAUGACAAGGUUGGAAGAGGUCGGGGAAGCGCCUUUCUGGAGGUUUGUCUGAAUGUCAUGAAGCUUAAAUAAGAAAGUGCAGCAGGAUCCCAGAGGAGGAUGUGCGGCAGGGAUAGGUCAGUAUUCCUCCUGAUUUUCAUCCUUUCCUGCUAACCAGGACUGAUUAAUAGGUGGGACACCAGGAGAGUUAAAUCUCUCGCUAAUCAGUGGCAUUAAUCCAUCAAUUAACUUUCGGGUAGAAAAGAAAAGCGGCAGUACCACCGGCCUGGAGGGCUCGAUUUGAGUACACCUGGUGUUCGUUCACGGAGUUAAUAGCUGUGGAGUAUUUUCUAUGUCAAGAUCAGAAUAGUCCCAGAUGCACAGAAGCCUACAGAUUGCCCAGAGCCCAGAGAAGGACUACAAUUCCACUGGUAACCGUGAACCAUGAGAGAGGACUACAAAUCUGUCAGUCACCAUGGAUACAUCUGAUGCCCUGGCAAAGUCUCCGCCCCCUUCCAAGGGAGAUCCGUGGAACAGAGGAACAGAAACAGAGGAACGAGAGCGUGCUGAAGGAGGGCUUCGGGAGAACGAGUCUGGACGGAGACGCACCUGAAGAUUGGGUGUCGGUGUGUGACGCUAACAUGGCGGUAAAGUGUCAGCUGGGCAGGUUUGCAAAAAAAAAGAGCAGACGGGAGAGGAGGACGGCGGACGGCGGCAGCGGCGGCUUUGGCGUUUCCGCUCUCGGCAGAAUGAACCCGGCGCGGAGCGUGAAGAGGGGCGCAGAGGGCCGCCCCGCCCAGUGCCCCGGCUUCGGGUCCUCGGGGAAGAGCUUCCUCAUCGACAACCUGCUGGGAACUCGGGGACCCCCCCCAGAACCCCCGGGACCCGGGAACCCCCCGCCCAGGGCGUCCUCGCCCCCACGGACCGGCGGGCCCGCGGGAGGGGAAUGGAGAGCCGGAGUGGGGUCUCAACAGGGUACCCCGAAACACUGGAGGUCUGUCCACGCGAAAGGUUUCGUCCCCCAGUCUUAUACAGGUUUUCCCACACUUUCCUCGCGGCCCCCGCCAGCGUUCCUGACGUUCUGCGGCGGUCCGGGACCGUUCCCCGCGCCCCCCGCCGCUUUUCCCAAAGGAUCAAGCCUGGCGCUUUGGCCCCCAGAUUCUGGCCCCAGGUCACGGAAGGGCAUCCUGAGGCGGGCCGUCUUCUCCGAGGAGCAGAGGAAGGAGCUGGAGAGAACCUUCCGGAAGCAGAAGUACAUCGGCAAGGCCGACAGGAACAAGCUGGCGGCUGACCUGAGGCUGAAAGAGUCCCAGGUGAAGAUCUGGUUCCAGAACCAGAGGAUGAAGUGGAGGAACUCGAAAGAGAAGGAGGUGCUGUGUGGGAGGCCCUCGGCCGAGGAGCUCUCGCCGGUGAGUGAUCAGAGGAGGGGAGAGGAGGCGCAGGAGCGAUCGCCUCUCAGCAAAGUCGGGGAAACGGCCCGGGACACGCUGAGAACGAAACCAUGGCAUGAGCCCCACUCCUGUGAACAGUUAAAAAAACCCCACGAUUCCUCGCACCAAGCCUUCACACAGAGAUACUCCAAAAUGGACACAGCAAGGGAACUCAACACCGGCGAUAAAGAAUCUCUGUUCCUCCACGUCCGUUCCACACAUCUUCACUAAGUAAGAAAGAAUGAGGCCCGGAUUUAAUCAGCCAUUGUCCUUAACUCUGGCUGACGAUUAAAAGCAAGAGUUGUUCUGCUUCUUUUCUAUCACAAGCACAGUUUGAGCGAUCGCUAAAACGUUCUUGCCAAACUGAGUCUGUGAAGAAAAAAUGCAAUGCAAGGCUUGUACUUGUUUGUGAGUCGAAGUGACGGGCAAAUAAUUGAAUCCGGGCUAAACAUUAGUGACAAAGAUAAAUUAAAAGAAGAUAUCUCACUGUAAGUGUAGCAACUGUAAUGUGUGUGCAUUAGAGUUCCCCCCGAUCUGGUUCCAUGAAAGCCACAGUGAUUCUUCUUUCUUCUUACUGAAUCGAUGCAGUCAGCUGGGUGAGCAUUUAAUUCACCUCGCCUGGUUUCUUGGGUCUGGUGCCGUUGCUGAUUUUGAGGUGAAAAUAAAAACCAGGAAGACAGUGGCUCUCCACAACCAGGGCUGAGCAUGCUGGAUCCACGGCACGUUGACCAGUGGUAACCAAUCCUGUUCCUGGAGAUCUAAAGUCCUGCAGGUUUUCACUUCAAUCCAAACAAAGCACACCUAAUUCCAACAGCUUAUUGAGCUUCUAAUGAGUAGUCAGGUGUGCCAAAUUAGGGUUGAAAUGAAAAGCUACAGGUUGGUAGAUCUGGUGUAGACCAAUGAAGCCGUCAAGCAGACAUGUGCUAAUAGCAGGAUUUCAUAUUGUGUCCUUGGUCAUUUCUGUAUUUGAUGGCAGUGUCUGGAUUUUUACACACCUCUUGCGCAACAAAAGCUGUGAAAAUUCAGAUUUUGCUGUAUUUUCCUGUAUGUCAGAAUUAAUAUUUAGUCAUCAGACUUCUUGAAAGUAACUGAAACCCUACAGUCGGAAACCUUGUAGGAUACGGUACAUGCUGUCAUGUGUUGUAACACUGUAUUGUCAUUGUUGACAAAACGCUAAUUAAACUUUAAAUUACCUUACAGAAAACUGGAUCAUUGAUGCGAAUGGGGGUAUUGUACUUAGAACUGCACUGAAAAAUAAGCAUUGCUAAAACAAGAGAUUGAGAUGGAUAGCCCCUCAAUCGGUUUAACAAUACGUGUGUGAAUGUUGGAGGCUAUCUGUUUUGUCGGUGACUCACACUGAAGAACACAAAGGGUCCUUUUAAAACCAAAGGCGUCCGAGAUGGCACAAGCAAGGACAUUGACUGUAAGCUACAGUAUGAGCAAAGGGUUUGAUAGUGAUCUUACUUAACGCGAGUUUACAUGUUCACUUAUGUAACGCCUCAGUCUUGGUACAGCAUUUGUACACUGGCGAUGAAUUGCAUAGGCGAGGACUUGUCUGUGACAUUUAUUAUCACAGAAAUUCUUUUUGGGGGGGGCAUCCAUCUUACCCCGGCUUCUUCUACCGUCAUGAGCACGAUUACAACAGUGUCGCUAAAAACGUUAGCAUAGAUUAGGGGAACUGUAUGCAGAAAUUCACGCGAAUCACGACACAACGAAAGUUGGAUCCUUUCCAGACGUGAGCCUGCGGGCCUGGUCCAUUUGCAAAAGUCUCGCAGUGUUUCAUGUGAUUCAUUCAGUCAGAAUCCCUCCCCUGGUCUAAUGUGCAUGCAGCACUGUAAAAAAAAUAUGGUUCUGAGCAUUACUCAUUGUCAUCCCAAAUCUUGAAGAGAAUCCGUCUCGUAGGAAACUCGCGCGCUUGUUUAUGCCUCUGUUUCCGGCUGGCUGUGGCACAUCUUUCAUCGCCUUAAGCUCUCUGAAUCUGCACGACUCUCAAGCCUCUUUCUAGAUCUUUCCAGCGCUCCAAACCUUUUUACAAGCAGCCCUUAACCUCAAGUGUUAUUAAUUACAGUCAGGUACAUUGCUAAAUGUAACCUAAGGUUUACUAGUUUUCUUAGAAUUCUCCAUGCUUAAGUCUUGUUUUUUUAUUGGAAUUGUGUUUAUGAAUAUUGCUCCCUUGUUGCCUCAGAACUCAGUAUUAAAAUUGAAUAUGGAAUAGUUCUUCUCUUGUUGUAUAUGGCUGAGGCUGCAUAUUCAGAUUUCAAUGACAAAAUGCAUCCGCUGAGAAUUCAUUUAAAUUAAUAUUAAUAAUGGUACAGAAUGAGGCUCAUGUGUUUUAAUAGUUCAAUGACUCAUCUUUUAGAUGUAAUUAUACUUAAUAAAAGUCCCAGCAACAGCAAUCCAACUGUGAUAUUAGAAACCAUAUAUAUAUAAACAGUAGAGUAUAUGUUACAUUUUGGCAGGCCCAUUUCAAUCUCUUUUAAUGGGUAGGGUGGAGGCUCAGUCACACACAUAUAUGGUUUAGAUUCAGUCAAUGUUAUUGACCCCAAACAAUGUAUCAAUUGCAAAUUAGCAAAUUAAUUUAAAUGUUUCCUUUUCCUCUGUUUGGUGAGUUUAUUUUGGUGAACUUGCUGAACUGUUGUUAUUAGUACAUUUUUAAAAACACUUGCUUUUAAUUUGUAAAGUUACAGACAAAGUCAAGGCAAUUCUUCAUUAAGGAGAAUUCUGUUCCCCAGUAACCUAAUAAUUAAGAAGGGGUUUAGUUGUUACUAUUAAAGUGUUAUAUUAAUUUAAUUUGAAGGGAUACUGUGUGUUUGGGGUAGCAAAAGGUGUUUUAUUUUUUAUUUUGGCAGGUCCUGGUAAUGUUUCAAUCUCAUGCUUUACUAACUAUAUUCAGAUAUAUUAAAUAGGAUUAGAAUUGGUCUGGAAUACACAUAUAAAUGACAGGCAGGUGUCUCUUAAUAAAAUAAGAAAUUAAGCUAGUGUAUUUUUACCACUAAAAUGAACUUGCUGUUGAACAAAAAUGUUCAAUGAAAACAUCAAAUGUAUAUAUUUGCUGAAUAAUGACUUUAUUUGUAAAUUGUUCAUUUAUAAAUAAAAAUGCGGGCUUCUCUCUUA